AUGCCGAUCUCCUUCGAGAGCACGAUCAAUGCCACUCAACACGGUACCUCGGGACUCGUCGAGAGCCUCUGGUCAAGCUGUUCAGCUGCGUCGAACUGGCAGAUUGCCAUUACGGCCUUGCUUGUUCUGGUUGCCUAUGACCAAUACUUAUACAUCUCACGGAAGGGAUCGAUUGCCGGGCCUACGUUCAAAAUUCCACUCAUAGGACCGUUUCUGCAAGCCAUCUACCCCAAAUUCGACGCAUAUCUCGCCCAGUGGGCCAGUGGCCCUCUCAGCUGCGUCUCUGUAUUCCACAAGUUUGUCGUUCUGGCAUCAGACCGCGAUCUCGCACACAAAGUCUUCAAGUCCCCAACCUUUGUCAGACCAUGCCUCGUCCCUAUGGCCAUCAACAUCAUGCGCCCCACGGCAUGGGUCUUCCUCAACGGCAAAGCGCACGCCGAGUUCCGCAGAGGCCUGACUGGGCUAUUCACGAACAAGGCCCUGAGCACCUAUCUCCCCGUUCAAGAAAAGGUUUACGCGGACUACUUCAACCGAUUCGUCGAGCACAGCAAGGCGAACGGGGGAAAGCCUACAAAGUUCAUGGGGUGGUUCAGGGAGAUCAACUGCGCGCUGUCGUGCCGCACCUUCUUUGGUGACUACAUCUCUCAGGAGGCCGUCAAGAGGAUUGCGGACGACUUUUACCUCAUCACCGAUGCGCUCGAGCUCGUCAACAUCCCGCUGUCUAUACACGUCCCCUUUACCAAGUGCUGGAGAGGGAAGCGCACAGCAGAUGCCGUUCUGGAGGAGUUCACAAAGUGUGCUGCUGCCUGCAAGGUCAACAUGGCCUCUGGCGCUCAGCCGACCUGCAUUGUUGACCAGUGGGUGCAACACAUGUUUGAGUCCAAGAGAUACAACGAAGCCGUUGCCGCGGGUGUCGAGGGCCUCGAGAAGCCGACGAACCUCAUUCGGGAGUUUUCGGACGAGGAGAUUGCCCAGACGCUCUUCACCUUCCUGUUCGCCUCUCAGGAUGCUUCCAGCAGCGCCACUACAUGGCUUUUCCAGAUCUUGGCUCAGAGACCAGAUGUUCUGGAUCGGCUCAGAGCCGAGAACCUGGCUGCCCGAGGCGGCGACAAGAACCGCCCCUUUGAGCUGGAGAUGCUCGAGUCGCUCACCUACACCAACGCCGUGGUCAAGGAGCUCCUGCGCUACCGCCCGCCCGUCAUCUUCGUCCCCUACCUCGCCCUCAAGCCCUUCCCCGUGACACCGGACUACACCGUGCCCAAGAACGCCAUGAUCAUCCCCUCGUGCUAUCCCGCCCUGCACGACCCGGCGGCGUACCCGAACCCGGACGUCUUCGACCCGGAGCGGUGGAUCACGGGCGAUGCCGAGACCAAGACCAAGAACUGGCUCGUCUUUGGGGCGGGCGCGCACGACUGCCUUGCGCGGCGGUAUGUGCCGCUGACAAUGGCUGCCAUGAUUGGCAAGGCUUCGCUGGAGCUGGACUGGGUGCAUCAUGCCACGGAGCGGUCGGAAGAGAUUCGAGUGUUUGCCACUUUGUUUCCCAUGGACGAAUGCCCUCUUGUCUUUACGAGACGGGAGUAG